CAGUUCCCGGGCGGGGAGGCGCCUCUCGCCCGCGCUGCUCCGCUCCCGAGCUCCGGCAUCUGCCGGGCUCCUGCUGCCAGCCCCGGCCCGGCCCGGCGGUUCUGGCAGCGCUGGGGCUCGGUCCGUACAGCCUCGGCUCUAUCCUGCAUCCCACCCUGCAUCCAGGGGAGCGGCCGAGAUUCCCGGAGGGGUAAAGGCUGGGGCUCGGUGGGAUAAAUCUCACCCGCUUCCCGCUGGACAUGCAGAGCACCCCCAACUACCUGUGGAGCACCGAGGACCUCCUGGGCCAGGGGGCCACGGCCUCUGUCUACAAAGCUCGCAACAAGAAAUCGGGGGAGCUGGUUGCUGUGAAGGUGUUUAACAGUGCCAGCUACCUGCGGCCCCAGGAGGUGCAGAUGAGAGAGUUCGAGAUGCUGCGGAAGCUGAACCACAAAAACAUCGUCAAGUUAUUCGCCGUGGAGGAGACAGGCAGCAGCAAGCAGAAGGUGCUGGUGAUGGAGUACUGCUCCAGUGGCAGCCUGCUGAACGUGCUGGAAGACCCAGCCAAUGCCUUUGGCCUGGCUGAGUCCGAGUUCCUCAUCGUGCUGCAGUGUGUGGUGGCAGGGAUGAACCACCUCCGGGAGAACGGCGUCGUGCACAGGGACAUCAAACCCGGCAACAUCAUGAGGCUGGUGGGGGAGGAUGGGCAGAGCAUCUACAAACUGACGGAUUUCGGAGCCGCCCGAGAGCUGGAGGACGAUGAGAAGUUCGUGUCUGUCUAUGGGACAGAGGAGUACCUGCACCCCGACGUGUACGAGCGAGCCGUGCUGCGCAAGCCGCAGCAGAAGGCCUUCGGUGUCACCGUGGACCUCUGGAGCAUUGGUGUCACCUUCUACCACGCUGCCACCGGCAGCCUGCCCUUCGUGCCCUUCGGGGGACCCCGCAGGAACAAGGAGAUCAUGUACAGAAUCACCACGGAGAAGCCUCCUGGGGCCAUUGCAGGGAUCCAGAGGCAGGAGAACGGGAGCAUCGAGUGGAGCUACGAGCUGCCCAUCACCUGCUGCCUCUCCACGGGGCUGAAGGACCAGCUGAUCCCCAUCCUGGCCAAUAUCCUGGAGGUGGAUCAGGAGAAAUGCUGGGGCUUCGACCAGUUCUUUGCGGGAACCAACGACAUUUUGCACAGGAUGGUGGUGGACGUGUUCUCCCUGCAGCAGGCCUCCUCCCACCGCAUCUACAUCCACUCCUACAACACUACCACCAAGUUUUUGGACGCCGUCUUCAAACAGACAAACAUAGUCCCUCACCAUCAAGAAUAUUUUUUUGAAGGACACCUGUAUGAGCUGGAUCCCAAUCUUCAAGCUCAUCACUUCUGCAGAACCACAGAGAGCAGCCCCCUGACUUUGCUGAGCACCUCAGAGCAGCCCGAGGACGUGGUGGGGGUCCGGUACCGAGACCCGGCACUGGAGUUCCCAAAGUUCCUGCCCAGGGUGGACGUGGUGGCCGACUGCAGCGCAGCCAAGAGUGCCCUGGGUGCUGCUCACCAGACCCUGCGCGUGGGGCAGGCGCUGCGGAGGGGCCGGGAGCUGCUGGCCCGGGGCCUGCACUGGGUGAUUGGGAACCUGAGGACAGAGUGCUGCAGGAUCCUGGAGCAGAGGAGGGGGGCUCACUCCGUGCUCAGCUGCCUGCAGCUCACCCAGGGGAAGACACACGUGCUGUACGAGGCCGUCCCUGCAGGCAGCAGAGCCCCAGCUGGGGUGGAUGUGGUGAAGGCAAGGCUGCAGAGGGUGGAUGAGGAGCUCUCCCAGUGCUCCCACAGCAUCUUUGACUUCCAGGGGGCCCUGGAUGGGAUUUUGGCCGAGCUGGUGAAGGACAGGCAGCAAGUGCACGAGGACAAGAGCAUCCAGCAGAUGGAGUGCUGCCUGGAGAAGAUGCAGAUGAUCCACAAGCAGUUCAAGAAGGCCAGGACAUGUCUGAGGCUGGGCUACAACGAGGAGCAAAUCCACAAGCUGGAUAAGCUGAAUUUGGGGAACCUGGCCAGGAGGGUUCUGUCCAUUUUCCAGAAUGAUUGUGUCCAGCAGUACCAGGAGGCCCUGGCCCUGCACAGCAGCAGGAUGAGGAAAGUCUGUGAGAUCAAGAAGCACCUGAAGAGGCUCAGCAACCGCAUCAGUGCCUGCAGUGUGGAGAUGAUGGAGUGCCAGGACUGCCUGCAGGGCGUGGGUGUCGGGGCUGCAGCUCCUCCUGCUGCUCCCCAGCAGCUCCUGGGCUCUUCAGGGGAGCCCUGCAGAAUUUUUAACCCCUUGCUGCAGAUUUUUGGGGGUGAUCCAGGCUGGAGGUGGUGUUUUGUCCUGCUGUGUGAGCAGGGAAAGCUUUGGCAAGGGCACUGCUGGUGCCAAGGAUUGCCUGGCAUGAGGAUCCCAGGCUCCAGCAGCACUUGUGCUCUUCAGGGGAGCCCUGCAGAAUUUUUAACCCCUUGCUGCAGAUUUUUGGGGGUGAUCCAGGCUGGAGGUGGUGUUUUGUCCUGCUGUGUGAGCAGGGAAAGCUUUGGCAAGGGCACUGCUGGUGCCAAGCAUGGCCUGGCACGGGGAGAGUGUGCCCAAUAAAUGGGAAUUACAGCAGGAGGAAAAUGCUGCUUCACCUCCAGGUGCCACAGCAAAGCUGCUGGGCUGGGGCACAGCCCCCUGGGAGCGUGCUGGUGCUUGGGUUCAUUUCUUUCUUUGUCCUGGGGCAGUGCUGGGUGUGACUCCGUGGGUGCUGCUGUUGGCUCUGGCACAGCCCCUGGUGUGGGCACUGCCAGGACACUCCAUCUCCAUCU